CUCCUAUUUAGGGCAAUUUCUGAAUAUUAUUUACAUAGUUAAGCUUAAACAUGUAUCGGGUUUUUUCCUCAAUACUACCAAUUUAAAGAUGAUUUUCGAAAAAGUGAUCGCUUUUACAUUUAGACAAAAAAAAAGUGACUACAGUAAAGUGACAAUCAGAAAUUCAUGUCACUGCUCCAGUUCAUGUCACUAUCGGAUGUCACACCACUAUCAUGUCACUAUCGGAUGUCACCACGACCAUAUCAAUGCUGCCGCCGACACCUGUCAAUCGCCGCCGUAGCCGCCAUAGUGACACAACCCCAGUGACACGCGAUUCCGAUCACAAUGGCACCGCCACAAUAACUUCACCACUGUCUCCUUGUCGGCUGGCCGCCCGCCCUCCCCCUCUAGCCCUCCUUCCCAUCCCAUCCAGUCAUCCACGAUCCCUGUACAAGUCCAGCCACCGCCGGCCACCAUCUCCGGCCACCACCUCCGCUGACUCACUGCGUCACUGCCAACAUCCACCGCCCCUGACUACCACCUUUGACCAUCACCCCAUUGACCACCACCGCCAGCAACCUCAGCCCAUGACCACUACCGCCAAUGAAAAUCGUCAUCACGGAGGCGCCAUCGUCCCGGCGAUGGCCUCCUCCUCCACCCUCCGAUGAAUGUGCGGCCGCCCACAAAGACUCACCAAUCGAACCUAGUAGUUAAAUGUAUCUGAUUCAAAAAUGGUACAACAUCCGUACUGGGGCACCGCCCAAAUUGGGAGCCUAGCCUCCAGAUCUGGAUUCUCUCCACAGUUUCACAGCAGCGGCAGAACUUGAGCGGACUUAUCAACCAACGUCAAUGGAGGCUCUGCGUUCACUGGAGCAGAGAAUGAGAGCAGAGAAGAGUAGAAGAGAAGGAUGGACCUGCGCGAAGGGGUGGAGAUGGUGGACGAGAUGACCUGCUAAAGUUGUGAGGCGGCCCGAAAUCGGCGAACGGGGGAGAUCCGGUGUCUUCAGCGCUGGAGCAUUUGCGGAAGAUGAACGCAUAAGUUGGCGUGAAAGAGCUUGUGCCGGUCACUUUUGGGGAAUUUUUAAAAGUGGUAUAUUUUUUUCCAAGAGAACUUGACAACUAAUAUUGAUGUCAUUCUUUCAACAUGUAUUACGGUGGGCUGAAAUCCAUAUAUAUAACUUAAUUUUCCUCAAUUAUUCUUUACUGUACUUUGUUUUUUAUUUUUCAUAUUUAGCACACCACGUUAGUAUUUAAACUUAAUAUAAUUACUUUUCUGCCCAAUCCAAUUUAGAUUCCUAUACACAAUUUAAAAAAUAAAAGAGCAUCAAAUAAAUAAAUUCAGCAUUAUAGUAUUAUACAUAUAAUUUUGCCACUUGAUCUGAUUAGGCCAUCUCAUCUCACCAAAAUAAAUAAAAACAAAAAAUGAUUAAACAUCUUGAAUUUGAAUAAAAAAAUCAAUGCAUACACAGUAUAUACACUUGAUUACUUGAAAUUGAACAGCUACAGAGCAACAGUAAAACUUCAUAUUACUGUAAGUUGUAACAUUGUUUUAUUAAUUCAUUUAACACUGGAAGGUAUGGCGGUGUUGGAGUUGCGUAUUGCCGGAAUCUUUCAUUUUAUCGCCGGCGAUUGACGGUGGUGGUCAGAGACAGCGAAGCUUGAUGGCCACUUGCUUUUGCAGCGGCGGCGGCAUUAAAAAGCAUCGAACUUGCAGCUCUGUUGCUGAAGCUCAUAUCUUUCCUGGGAGAGCGCUCGUCGGAGAGCAGGGAUCUCCGAUGAGAAGAUCCGUCGCCGGAUUCAGCUCCGAUCAGCAAGUGGUAGCUCCGGUUAGAGGCGUCGGAGAGGCGCCGGCCGAAGGUCUGAUGAUUGGGCCUUUGCUUCUUGAUUGCGUGGAUCAGAUAAGGGAUUAAUCCUUCCAUUUCUGCGCUUUGAAUUUAGUUUAAUUAUUA